UGAGAAGCAGGCAGCAAAAGGAAGAAGAAAUACAUGAACUUAUGAGGAUAGAGGAGGAAAAAGGUCAACAGUUCAUGAAAUAAGCUCAAACAGUUCAAGAAAAAGAAUAAGGAGUCUAAGAAGAGAACCAAAAUUAAUACACAUAAGAUUGAUUGGGUCAAGAAGUAUCAGGAAUAUCAGAAACAAGAGAGAAGGUAUGAGGAUGAAAUCACUGAAUUUAUUAACCAAAAGACUGCAAAAAAGAAACCCAGCAAGCUCUUUGUCCAUAUCCGCAGCGAUGAGUACGACAAUACUGUCCAUCGGUCUGAGUUUCGAGAGAAUCUCAAUUAUCCCAUUAAUGGAGUCCGACAAUUGAUAACCUCUCUAUACGAACAAAAGAAGAGGAUUAAUUUUGAGAAGAAACUUAGUAAGAAAGAAAACCUUUGUGCUGAAUUUGACAUCAAAAAGAUUGAGACUCAAGAGCUCAUUAGCUCAGUGAAAAGUAGCUUCCAAAAUGUUGAGAAAGGACUUAAGGAAGAGUACUCUAAUCUUUUAAAGGAAAUCAAUCAGCAUAAGAUCGAGCUAACAGAUGUAAUAGGCUUCAGUGACCAAGUCAAAGGAUUUGACAUUGAGUUUAUGGUCGAUGAUAACAUUGAGUUCCUUGAUAGAUACGCUAAUUUCUUAGGCUCAGACUAUGAAAAGAUGAAGAAGGAUUACCAAAAGGCAAUUGAUAUUAUGAAUGAAACUUACCAGCUCAAGUUUGAGCGUCUCAAAAUUAACGAACCUAUCUCACAGGAAGAGAUUAAUGAAAUCUUUUCGGAACAAGAGAAAGAGAGGAUGAUCAGGAUUUAUAACGACUACAUUCUUGGUGGCCAGAACCGUAAGAAAUACCAAGAAAGGAUUGAAAUUGAGUUUCCCAAUUAUCCCAGAGAGAAACUUGAGAUGUUAGAUGCCUACAUUGAACAUAAGCGGUGGCUCAAGGUACAGAACAAAGCACUUUAUAGAGACUGGGAAAGGGAGAAAAUGGAGCUCAAACAGAGAACUAUCAAAUCUAUUGAAGAAGAAAUUGCUGAAACAGAAGAGAAAAUUGCUAGAGAACUUCAACGUAUGAAGCAGGAAUCAAAAGUAGCUAAACUCCAUAAGAACAGGGAUGAUAUGCGAUUAGAAUUCGAGGCAAAAUUAGCUUUCAUCAAAGAAAUUGAAGAAGAAAAGAAAAUUGAAGAGCAACUGGCACUUGAAAAGCAAGAGAAGGAGUAUCAAGAGCAUUGAAAAGAGAUCAAAGAAGUUGCUGUCAACUAUAAGCAAGAGAAGAAAGAAAUGGCAGAAAUUGAAAUAGAAAAAUAUCGAAAAGAAGCUAAAGAGCAGGAAGAACUCCUCAAAGCCCAGCUAGCUGAGAACAAACCCAAAGUUGAAGAUAUCAGAAAGAGAGAAGAGCAAAAGGUUAUUGAUAAAUAUGCUAUUCUUGAAGAGAAGAGGAAUUAUCUUCAGAAUAGAGAGGAAAGAAUCAAUAGAGCUGUUGAAGAUUAUAGUUUCAGACCCCAAGUCAGGAUGGAUAGAGACCGUGUACAACAAGACACUGAGAAGAACCUAAUUUCAAAGGGAGUUAUCAUGGAUAAGGCAGAUAAAGUUGAAUUAUUCAAAAAUCCAGGCUUCACAGUUGAGAAUUUGAUGAAAGAUAUACGCUAUAAGGUAGGAGCUGCCCUUUCCAAUGCAGGUCUUUCCACUACUGGAUAUGCAAAGCAACUUAUGUCUGGUCUCCAAGGAAAUCUUGCUCAGAGGAAAGAUAUGAAUGGAAAUAAUUUCUAAGUUUCAAUUAAGGUAUUAG